GCUCAUCUUCCUCCCCCGAAACCCUUGCCGACGAGCCCCGCUACCCGUCCCGCCUUAGAACUAACUGGGAAGGCAACGACGGCAUCGCGGCAUACGAAGACCUCCGAAACUCCCAUCUUUCUACUCCUCCCCGUUCGGCUCCUACCAGAACCCAUUAAGGAAGUUCUCAUGUUUCCUAUGCGGGAUUUGGAUGAUGAUUUAUUUCUUCAACCUGAAACCAUGACUGAGACCUUGCAUUCUGAUUCUGUUUUAGGGGAUGAUAUCCUUGCAACUGUUACAACCGCAGUUGCAGAAAGAUCUAGUAAAUUUAAUCCCAAGUGUCGCAUUAUCAACAACCGUAAUCAACCUAAGCCUUCAAAAUGUAGAGCUUCUGAAAGCCCAUUUUCCACCUCGAAAUUUCACAAUGCUGCAGAUGAACCCCCGUCCAUGACAAAAGGUGCAAAAUCAAAUUUUGAAUUUUCAGAGUUGGAGUCUCUCCCCCUACAUGAUGAAUUCUCAGAUCUUCAUGGUCUUAGCUUCUCUGCGGAUGGCCUAAAUGAAUCAUUGGAAGUUAAGGCUCAGAACUGUUCUCCAGCCCACUCAAUCGAAGAGAGGGUUUGCUGUGGAAAUAUUAUUGAUUUAGAAGCUCAAUCUCUCGUUGAAAAUGAGGAUCUUCCUUCCAUGGAAACAGAGCAAACAACCAAUCAUAUUGAAGAACCAAACCUUGAAGAUUCAACGCCUAAUAUUGUGCCAAAUGAUGACACUGGACAAUCAUCAAGGAAGACUCGUCAACGGAAUAAGAAGUUAAAAACCAGUGAGGAAAACAUUUCCUGUAAAACUCAUGAUGGUGAAAAUACCGUCUCAGAAAUGGAUGAUGAUUAUGAUGGUGAAGGUUACAAUGAUAAUAGUAUGCCAAAGCAAAAGAGGUGGAAGCUUCCAAAAAGAUCAAGCAAGAAAAGCCGCGAACAGGAAAAUCCAAUCGAGAGUAAUGAAAAGGCUGCAGGAGAACCUGGGUCAACAGUUGAAGCUUCUCAUACUCCAAAGAAAAAGCUUCCGCAUGGUAGUAGUCGAUGUAAAAGAACAAAGAGGCAAGUGAAUAAGGCCUUGCUGGAUAUACCUGAUGAUGAACUGGAUAGAAAACAAAUUGCUAUAAGGGAUCUCAUCCGGCUUGCGGGUUUUAAGGAACGAUUAUCAAAUAAAGUAGAAGCUGUUUUUAAAAACCUUUUUGACAACCAGAGUGUGGAGAAAGAGCAAGAACUAAAUGGUGAUGAUGAAAAUAGAGACAUUCAACCAGAGGUCCCAAGAUUGAAUUAUCAUUCCUACAUGAGACGGCCACCCCAAAAUCGAUGGUCAAAAACAGACACUGAAUUUUUCUACCAGGCUAUCAGACAAUUUGGAACUGAUUUUGCAAUGAUACAACUACUCUUUCCUACUCGAAGCCGUCAACAAGUAAAAGCAAAAUUCAAGAAUGAGCAGCGCAAACAUCCUCUGCAAAUCGCCGAUGCUUUAGUGCAUCGCAGCAAAGAUCAUUCACACUUUGAGAAGGCCAUUCAGCAUUUGCAGACAAUGGCAGAGCAGAAAUCUAAAAACGAGGCAGGCGAUCCUACCACCGCCCAAUCGCAAGACGAAGCAGAUCAAAAUGAGGAAGAGGGGAAGGAAUCCAACUCAAAAGAAGAUCAAGAUGUGAACUUUUCUGAGGAUUGGGAUGGGUAUGAUCAUAUUCCUGCAGAUGAUGAUUUUGAUCCGAUUUCUGAAGCUGCUGAUGAGAUGGAGAACUCAUGGAUGUAGAUUUCAUCAGGUUUUGCUUCUGGAUUUGACUAACAGUUUCUUCAACCUGUGUCUCCCUUACAAGGCGUUUAUUAAUGCUGCUAUGAAUCUUCUAUCUGCAGUAGUUACUGUUUCACAGCUUUGUUAGGCUGUAGAUUUUAUAGGCCUUCUCUAUUAGAAAGGCUGAGGCUUUAUUUCAUUGGCCUGUCUAUAAUGUUAUGAUCAUUGUUAUAAUGUUAUUUUAAACUAACUUUAUAGUUGUUACUUGUAGUAAUUAUGUUAAAAUAUUGUUCACCAUGUGAGAUGUUCAACCAUGAAUAUAAUGGGAUGACUUGGGAGCUGUUUGUAGGGCUGUAAACACCGUGUCAGGCUCGUUCGAAAUU